GGAACUUUCACACUUGCGCAGUAGCAAGCAUGUUUGGAGAGAGAAAUUUUCAACCUCGGCGUUGAGUAUUAAAAAAAUAGUCUUUAUGGAGGUAAAUAUACUAGCCACAUAUUUCCAGAGAUAUUGCAACUACUAAUCCGUCUGAGAAGCUGUCGAAACUUUCAAUUAACUGUCAGGAUCUUAAAAAGUCGCUGAAGAUGCCGCUCUUUGGAAACACAUUCAGUCCUAAGAAGACUCCUCCUCGUAAAUCUGCAUCUCUUUCCAGCCUUCACACGUUGGAUCGUUCAACAAGAGAAUUAGAACUGGGCCUUGAUUAUGGACCUCCUAUGAUGAACAUUGGAGGCCAGAGCUGGAAAUUUGAAGAAGGACAGUGGAUAACGGAAACAAAUGGAAAUCCAUCUGGAAGAGAAUUGCAGCGGCUUAAGAAGAGAAAUAUCCAGCUGGAGGAGGAGAAUAAUCUGUUAAAACUGAAGAUUGAAGUUCUCCUGGACAUGCUGACGGAAACUACAGUAGAGUACCAUCUGAUAGAGAAAGAAGUGGAAGACAUAAAGACUCAACAUCGAAGAAAAAAAUGACAAAUUUCAUCUGAUGCCUCCAUCCUAAAAAGUGUGGAAAUAUCUUUUUGUAUAAGGAUUUGUUAAUGUAAAAAAAAACAAAUAAAAAAAAAAAUGUUUCAAGAUAAAAUAGGACCUCACACUUUUUUUCAGACAAUGAUGACCUCUUAUGUUAGAGGUCGCAGCCUUUAAAAAAUAGAUAAAGGUGAAAUAGAUUCAUUGCUUUUUGGAGAUUUGACCAAAAUUUUGAAUCAACCGUGAGCACCUUUGUUCAGCCUUUUAUCUGUAGCUUACAUAUAAAUGUCACGUAAAAACUGACAUUGUCUUUUAUUUAUUAUCUUUUCUAUUUUCUGUUAUUCUGCUGGAAAAUAAAGUUGGUUGUAUGAAA